UUUAACAUUAACAACUUUAGCAGUGGCAGAAGACGCCUAUUAUUUAUUAACAAUUAAUUAAAAAAAUCAAAGCUAUGUUGGUCUUAGUAUUGGGCGAUUUACACAUUCCUCACAGAUGCAGUAGUUUGCCUACAAAAUUUAAAAAACUACUAGUUCCCGGAAGAAUACAGCACAUCUUGUGUACUGGUAAUUUGUGCACUAAGGAAUCCUACGAUUAUUUAAAAACACUUGCAAGUGACGUGCACGUAGUAAGGGGAGACUUUGACGAUAAUCUAAAUUAUCCGGAGCAAAAAGUGGUAACUGUAGGACAAUUUAGGAUAGGCCUCAGUCAUGGACAUCAAGUAGUGCCUUGGGGAGAUCCAGAGUCGAUAGCGUUAAUUCAAAGGCAAUUAGAUGUGGAUAUUUUAAUUUCAGGUCACACACAUAAGUUUGAAGCUUACGAGCACGAAAGUAAAUUCUACAUUAACCCAGGAUCUGCGACAGGAGCCUAUAACGCUCUAGAAACGUCAAUAACUCCUUCAUUUGUGUUAAUGGAUAUACAAAAUACAACAGUUGUAACCUAUGUUUAUCAGCUUGUGGGUGAAGAUGUAAAAGUAGAGCGAAUUGAAUACAAGAAAAAUUAAUUCGAAGAUCUGUAGAGGGCGAGUCGAUGAAAGAGAAAUGUGAUUCCUACUCUAUUUUUUAGGGAAACCUCUCUACCAUUUUUGGUUUAAAUACAUUCGAUAGUUAUUUUGAAUAACCCAUUGUUUAUUCAAUUUGUACGAGUCGUUUCACUGGCUCGCCCUGUACAAAUAAUAACAUAUUUUGCAAUGAUAUAGAAUUUAAUGAAACGUAUAUUUAAGGCAUUUAAUUUGACCAGUUCUUAUCAGUUCAAACUGCGUUUUAUGUUAAUCGAAUGAAAAAUAUAUUUAGAAACUUGUAAUUGAUCAUCAAAAGUCUAUUUGCAACUUGGUAAUAACUGUAAAUAGUCAAUAUAUAAUUCCAUGUUUUAGUUAGUAAUGUUAUAAUUGAAUAUUAUUUUUUGUUUAAUUCAUAUUUUUUCUAAACAAUUAAAUUUACACAAUAGUU